AUGAUUCAAAAAAUGGAAAAAGCUUAGGCUUAAAACUAAAUUGUCAUGCUGAAUCCCUGGUAGCGCUUCUACAGAUUCUGCAUGUUUAUGCUCGUAGUCAUAGUCUUAAUCUUCGAUAUUUGGUUCUUAGCUAAGACUAACACCACUCAAUUCUACCCCUACUUCAGAAUGGUUAUUGCCUUCUUGGUCUUGCCCUUCGGUCUCGCUUUUAUCAACAAUAACCUUUUCCACUUCAAUGAAGCCAACUAGGAAACUCAAGACUUAAAUGAAUUGUUCACUAUGGUCUACAGAAUGUUCAGAGUUAUUGGAAUGGAACACAUCCCCAUCUAUUUCUUCACUCCUUUCAUGAAUAACUCCAACAAGGCUCUUGAAGCUAAGCUUGUUGAAGCUAACUACUAUCACUGCAUUUUUGGUUCUCAAAUUGUUCUCAUGUGCCAAUUACAUCUCUACUUCUCCUACAUGAACGAUAACUCUGGUUAUUACUGGAUUGUUGCUCCUAUUAUCCUCCAUGCUUGUCAUCUUGCUUUGUAAGGUGCUGAAAUCAGAUAAUCUGAACAAAAGACUGCUAUUAUGACCUUCGUUGUCACUUUCUUCCACAUUGAUUUCUUGUAAAACUUAUUCGAAGGUGUUGGUAGAGCUAUCUUAAUCGGUGUCACUGCUAUGGCUACUAUUUAUAAUCAUUUCGAUGGUGAUUAUAAUACCACUUUAACCAGAGAAGCCUUUGCUAUCGAUGCUCUCGCUGCUGGUGGCUGCUGCGUUUUAGCUAUUUUCUACAUUGCCUUCAAGACUGGCUUAAUCAGUGGUAUCUUCUAUGGAGCCAAUUUAAUGUUCUAAUUACUUGUCUACAGAGUUGACUCCAACUACAUGAAGAUUUACAAUAACUUCUAAAGAAGAUUAUCUGUUAAGGUUACCGACAAAUAACUUAAGUUUGUUUACUACUUUGCUAUUGCUUGGAGAUUCUGCGAGUUAAUCGCUAUCUGGGCCGCUGCUUUGGAUAACCACAACAAUAUCUAUCACAAUUUAGAUAACAGCUCUAACUAUUUGAACUUGCGUGACGCUCUUCUUGUUGGUCUUAUUUUCGAUGCCAUUUACUUGGCCGUUUUAGUUCUUGAAGCUGGUCUCUACUUCUUCAUUAAAUCCAAAUUCAACCCUGUUGGUGAAUGCAAUAAAUAAGCUAUCAUGACUGAAGAACUCUAAGCCAUCAACAACUAACCCAACAAGGCUGCUUUUAAUGCCCCUGAACACACUCAACCUGAAGUUGUUAACACUCACCCUGCUAUUAACAAGGAUAAGGCUCCUAUUAAUAUUGAUGAAGAAGCUAUGGACUUCAACCAAAGAGGCUCAAAGAUUGCCAAUUGA